AGAGAGAGAAGAGAGAGAGAGCGAGAGAGAGAGAGAGAGAGAGAGAGAGAGAGAGAGAGAGAGAAGAGAGAGAGAGAGAGAGAGAGAGGGCACCAAGAACAACAACAGCACUUUGAAGGUCAAGUUCAACAGCAACAUUCUGAACAACAUCAGGAACAACAGCAGCAUUUUGAACAACAGGUACAGCAAGAACAAAUACAUCAACAACAAGCACAGCAAGAACAACAGGUACAACAAGAACAGCAUCAACAGCAGGAACAACAGCAGCAUUUUGAACAACAGGUACAACAAGAACAGCAACAUGAACAACAGGUACAGCAAGAACAAAUACAUCAACAACAAGCACAGCAAGAACAACAGGUACAACAAGAACAGCAACAUGAACAACAGGUACAGCAAGAACAAAUACAUCAACAACAAGCACAGCAAGAACAACAGGUACAACAAGAACAACAACAGCAUUUUGAGGAGCAAGUUCAACAGCAACAUUCUGAACAACAUCAGGAACAACAGCAACAUCUUGAACAACAGGUACAACAAGAACAAAUACAUCAACAACAAGCACAGCAAGAACAACAGGUACAAGAACAACAACAGCAUUUUGAGGAGCAAGUUCAACAGCAACAUUCUGAACAACAUCAGGAACAACAGCAGCAUUUUGAACAACAGGUACAACAAGAACAACAACAGCAUUUUGAGGAGCAAGUUCAACAGCAACAUUCUGAACAACAUCAGGAACAACAGCAGCAUUUUGAACAACAGGUACAACAAGAACAACAACAGCAUUUUGAGGAGCAAGUUCAACAGCAACAUUCUGAACAACAUCAGGAACAACAGCAGCAUUUUGAACAACAGGUACAACAAGAACAACAACAGCAUUUUGAGGAGCAAGUUCAACAGCAACAUUCUGAACAACAUCAGGAACAACAGCAGCAUUUUGAACAACAGGUACAGCAAGAACAAAUACAUCAACAACAAGCACAGCAAGAACAACAGGUACAACAAGAACAACAACAGCAUUUUGAGGAGCAAGUUCAACAGCAACAUUCUGAACAACAUCAGGAACAACAGCAGCAUUUUGAACAACAGGUACAGCAAGAACAAAUACAUCAACAACAAGCACAGCAAGAACAACAGGUACAACAAGAACAACAACAGCAUUUUGAGGAGCAAGUUCAACAGCAACAUUCUGAACAACAUCAGGAACAACAGCAGCAUUUUGAACAACAGGUACAGCAAGAACAAAUACAUCAACAACAAGCACAGCAAGAACAACAGGUACAAGAACAACAACAGCAUUUUGAGGAGCAAGUUCAACAGCAACAUUCUGAACAACAUCAGGAACAACAGCAGCAUUUUGAACAACAGGUACAGCAAGAACAAAUACAUCAACAACAAGCACAGCAAGAACAACAGGUACAACAAGAACAACAACAGCAUUUUGAGGAGCAAGUUCAACAGCAACAUUCUGAACAACAUCAGGAACAACAGCAGCAUUUUGAACAACAGGUACAGCAAGAACAAAUACAUCAACAACAAGCACAGCAAGAACAACAGGUACAACAAGAACAACAACAGCAUUUUGAGGAGCAAGUUCAACAGCAACAUUCUGAACAACAUCAGGAACAACAGCAGCAUUUUGAACAACAGGUACAACAAGAACAACAACAGCAUUUUGAGGAGCAAGUUCAACAGCAACAUUCUGAACAACAUCAGGAACAACAGCAGCAUUUUGAACAACAGGUACAACAAGAACAACAACAGCAUUUUGAGGAGCAAGUUCAACAGCAACAUUCUGAACAACAUCAGGAACAACAGCAGCAUUUUGAACAACAGGUACAGCAAGAACAAAUACAUCAACAACAAGCACAGCAAGAACAACAGGUACAACAAGAACAGCAACAUGAACAACAGGUACAGCAAGAACAAAUACAUCAACAACAAGCACAGCAAGAACAACAGGUACAACAAGAACAGCAACAUGAACAACAGGUACAGCAAGAACAAAUACAUCAACAACAAGCACAGCAAGAACAACAGGUACAACAAGAACAGCAACAUGAACAACAGGUACAGCAAGAACAAAUACAUCAACAACAAGCACAGCAAGAACAACAGGUACAACAAGAACAGCAACAUGAACAACAGGUACAACAAGAACAGCAACAUGAACAACAGGUACAGCAAGAACAAAUACAUCAACAACAAGCACAGCAAGAACAACAGGUACAACAAGAACAGCAACAUGAACAACAGGUACAGCAAGAACAAAGACUCCUGGACGAACACCUGGCCGAGAUGCCUCACCUGGACCCCAGAAACAUGUCGCCGUCGGAGAAGCAAUACCACCUGUUCCUGGCGCACGACUACAAUCAGGACCUGCACCUUGAUGGGGUGGAAAUCAUGCAGUCGAUUUUCCAUGAUGAUUCGAGCGAGAUCUACGCAGACGAGGUACUGGCCCAGAAGAUCGACUACCUCCUGGACCACUUUGACCGCGAUCGGGACGGCAAGCUCUCGUUUCCCGAAUUCAUGAUGUCAGACGCGAGAUUCACCGCCGUGUAGUUGAUGUCAUGGCUUGUCAUUAUCUGCGAUCUGUUUCUUUUCUUUUUUUUAAUUGUUCAUUUGUUUUAUUUAUUUGUUAUCAUUAUUGUUAUUGUUGUUUGUUAUUGUUAUUAUGAUUGUUCAUAUUA